GUGAGUAAUAAGGGCGUUCAGAAGGUGGUUGGAAACGAUUGAUUGUUCGAUCACCAAUGGGAUCCAUCGUGCUGUUCGCCUUCAAAUUCUUCGGGGCGGAUUUUUUGACCAUUUGCUUAGCAUUUGCCGCCACCUUUGGCAUUGUGGUCUACAACUGGAAAAGGCGAAGGAUGGUUUAUUUAAUCGGGAAAAUUCCGGGUCUGCCGUCCGUGCCCCUUAUCGGCAACACAAUAGAGAUCAACGUUGAUCACGAUGAAAUGUUUACAAGGAUUUCUUCCACAAGGAUGUUAUGGGGAAAAUCAAGCGGGAUUUGCAAAGCGUGGCUCGGCCCUUAUCCGUACAUAUUCGUCAGCAAAGCUUCUGCUGCUGAGGCGAUACUGAGCAGUUCAAAGCACAUCGAGAAAAGCCGAGAAUACUGUUAUCUGCAUCCCUGGCUCGGCACUGGCCUGCUGACAAGCUCAGGUAUUAAAUGGCAAACAAGGCGAAAGAUCCUGACUCCAACUUUCCACUUCCGCAUCUUGGAGGAUUUCCUCGGUGUUUUUAUAGAGCAGAGCGAAAUUUUGAUCAAGAAACUCGAGGCCGAGCUGACGAGAGAAAGUUUCAACAUUUUCCCAUACGUCACGCGUUGCACAUUGGACAUAAUAUGCGAAACAGCCAUGGGAAGGAAGGUGAACGCGCAAAGCGACUCCGAAUCGGCUUACGUCAAAGCUGUGUACAAAAUGGGCACCAUCGUGCAGAAAAGGCAGGCUAAAAUUUGGCUGCAGCCCGAGUGGGCUUUCAGAUGGAGCAAACUGUAUUCCGAACAUAACUGCUGCUUGAAAGUCUUGCAUGACUUUUCAAACAAAGUUAUUCAAGACAAAAGAGAAGACUUGGCAAGAUGUAGUUCGGAGAGUGACAUUGGUUAUGAAGAGAACUUAGGAGUUAAAAAGCGGUUGGCUUUUCUGGACCUUUUGUUGCAAGCUAAAGAAAAUGGUGCGCCUCUGCCGGACGAAGAUAUAAGGGAAGAAGUUGACACUUUUAUGUUCGAGGGUCACGACACCACAUCGGCGGCGAUUUGUUGGAUCCUGUUCUUACUAGGGUGCCAUCCUGAUAUUCAGGACAAAGUCGUCGAAGAGAUGGACGCAAUAUUUCAAAAGACGGACAGACGGCCGACCCCAAACGAUCUCGCUGAAAUGAAAUAUUUGGAAUGUUGUAUAAAGGAGGCGUUGAGGCUGUAUCCCAGCGUGCCGAUUUUCGCCAGAAAAAUAAAUACAGACGUAGACAUAGGAAAAUACACUAUUCCAAAGGGAACAACCGCUAUGAUAGUAGCGUACCAAUUGCACAGGGACCCAUCGGAAUUUCCAGACCCCGAAGUCUUCAAACCCGAACGAUUCGCGAUGAGGGAUUCGUCCAGGCAUCCUUACAGUUACAUCCCUUUUAGCGCAGGGCCGAGAAACUGCAUAGGGCAAAAAUUCGCCAUCCUCGAAGAAAAGGUGGUUGUAUCAACUGUAUUGAGGAAGUACAGGGUGAAGGCGGUGGACAGGAGGGAAAACCUCGUACUUCUCGGAGAACUGGUACUGCGCCCUAAGAACGGCCUGUACAUUGCAAUAUCCCCCAGGGAUUAAUUUUUAAAUAACGCUUUUAUUUAUUAACUUGCUCAAAAUUUUGUAUUAAUGUAAAUAGUGUUUUAUGAAAAUAAAAUUCCAUACUUUUUCCUAACAUAUAUCCAUCUCAAAUUAAGCA